GCUAACGGGACUGCAGCAGAGACAAAGCAAGCGAAGCAACACAACAAGCAACAGCGAAGAACAAGAAUGAGGCAACAACUGGCAAUUCUUCUACUCGCCUCUCUGGCACUACAACUCUGUCAUGGCUGGAUGCUAAAGCUGCCCAAGCUGGAGGAUCUGGUGGAGAAACUAGAAGAGAAGAAGGAGAAGGAUCUCAAGAAACUGGACUUUCUCAAUUUGUUUGCCGACAAAAGUGAGAAGAAAGAGAACGAGUGGGAGAAAUUGAAACAGUGGUUGGAGGACAAGAAGCUCAAGGAACUCGACUUCUUUGAGAACAAAAAAGAGAAGCUGGAAGAGAAGCUGGAGGAAAAGCAGAAGAAGAAGUCGAGCAAGAAGAACAAGUACAAGACAAGCACCACAGUAGACUGUUAUGAGGUAGAAAGCACCACGGAGACAAGCUACGAUGAGAAAAAGUACUACUCGCAGGAGCAGGAGGAAGAAGAAGAAGAAGAGGUGGUGGUGAGCAAGCCACAACCCUGCAACUGCAACAACAAGCACAACAGCUACAACAACAACAACAACAACAACUAUCAGAGCAGAGUUGCCACCGCCUACGAUGUGCGUGAGGAUUACGAGGAUGGCGUUCGUUACUUUACAUAACCUCACAUGUUGCAUAAUUACGUUUUUUAAUAAAUAUUAUGAAAAUACUUACGCAUAGCU